UAUCUUCACCCUCCAUGGUCUUCCCUUCUCAUAUCCUCUUUCGAUCAAAGUCCGAUUCUGUUCGUCUUCUUGAUUUGAUUUUCAGAUCAACGAUUGAUCCGUUCAAUUCUCGUUUUCCUCUAUCGAUUGAUCCCUCUUUUACUUUCUGCCGUUGACUUGACCUCAUCUGGGUUAGGGUUUCGAAUCUCAGUUCCCAAUCCUCAGAUCGCCUUGAUCCGUGGUGUAUUUGGCAUCGAAUUUCAUUAUAUUUUUGUUACCCUCUCCUAUUUGGUUCAAAUUUGGUUGAUUUUUAAGAUCUGUCGAGCUUUAGGGUUUCGAGGUGUACAAACUUUAAUUCGAUAUAAAUUUCUUAGGGUUUUGGUUAAGAUGGGACUCAAACGGUCUUUUGAAAAUGAGGAGUUUCAGGAGCUUCCUUUUAAGAACAUGAAAUGUGUUGAGUCUAGUGAUAAGCUGGCCUCCUUUGGAGAAAUUGUUCCAUGUAAAGAUGCCCCUCAGAAACCUGAUAUUUCAGAUGAAUGCAGCUUUUAUAAGUUUCAAUGUGGUACAGAGGGGGUUGAAAAUGGAGUCUCAGUUUUAGAUGACAAAGGGUUUGAGAUCAGCGCUCCCUUGUCAUGCAAUGGUUCAAGUGAGGAAGAUGGUAGGUCUGUGGCAGCUGCUUACUCAUCCCUCUCUCCAGAAUAUUUUGAAUCCUACCUCCCACGGAGAACAGUAGCACAGUUUGAGGAUAUAUAUUCUUCUUUGUUGGAUUGUUCUCCUAGAAGACAAGUUGCUGUUGGACCAGAUCAUCAAGCAAAUGUUCCAGUAUGGAGCCUGCAGAAAGUCAAAAACAGAUUAGAUAAGUUAGAGACCUCUAAUCGCUACAUUUCCUCAUCACAGUCAAUGGUUUCAGACCAAACUGUUGAUGGUGAAAAUGAAGAAAGGUGGAUGGGAACUUGUGUCAUUCCAAUGCCUGAAGAAAAUUUGUCUGCUGAAAAUGGUGUCAAGACUGGAGAUGGCAGAACAGAUUGUGGCUGCCUGGAUAAUGAUUCUAUCAGAUGCGUGCGGCAACAUGUAAUGGAAGCACGAGAGAAACUAAGAAAAACCCUUGGACAGGAAAAAUUCACGGAGUUAGGAUUUUGUGACAUGGGAGAAGAGGUGGCACUUAAAUGGCAUGAAGAAGAAGAACAGGCUUUUCAUGAGGUUGUUUUCUCACAUCCCGCAUCAUUGGGUCAGAAUUUUUGGGAACAUCUCUCUGCAACAUUCUCAUAUCGAGCCAAGCAGGAACUUGUCAGCUAUUAUUUCAAUGUCUUUAUGCUUCGGCAGCGGGCUGCCCAAAACAGAUCCAACUUCUUGUACAUCGACAGCGAUGAUGAUGAAUGGCAUGGAAAUAAUAGAAGCUUAAAUGAAGUUGGAACUGCAGAAGAAGAAGAUGAUUCUGGCAUAGAAUCUCUUUCUGAUCAACAUAAUCACGCAUAUCAUGAAGAGGAACCUCAUGAAGAAGACGACGACAACGAUGAUGACGACGAUGACGAUGAAGAAGAUGAUGACAAGGACGACAGUGAUUUUGACGGCGAUGGUGGUUUUGGAGAUGACAAGCAAGGUGCCACCAAAGAGGAUGGCAUGGCGCAUAAUGGGAAGUUGCUUGAUUGCAACAUGUUUGAUCCUGUAUCUCGGAACAUGGAUAAGGUACCAGAUAGCAAUGGGGAGGAUUUCGGUGUCCAAGAUGACUCAUGCAUGUCUUUUGAGUGCCAACCCAAUGUUGCCAACCCUUGUGCUCCUGCGGAUCCGGAGGCUUCUGUUCAAGAAAGUGGAGCUAGGAUUACCCAGCAAAAAUCCUUUCAUGGUGACGAUGAUGGGUCCAGCACCAGGGUAGACCCAGGAUAUUUAUUGGAGCCCUCUGAAACCAAAGUUUGGGAUGGCAGGUACUGGACAGGUUCCAUAAAUGGCGUUGAUCUCCUGCCCACAUGCAAUAUGAUUGAAGAGAUUUUUGGACUAGGCACACCGAAUAGCAAGACAAAGGACGACAAAAGCAUCAGCUAAGGCUCCCUGAGCCAAUCCUCCCCUGUUUCUCUGUGUCUAUCUUGGACAUUCAUGGCAGCCCUGAUCACUGCGAAGCUCCUGAUAAUCAAGACUUUGGCAGGUGGGGCCGUUCCAGUUUUCCCCACAAAUGUCCCUUUCCCUUUGUGAAUCUAUUAGACUUGUUGAUUUUUACAGGAAUAUGGGGAUAUGACAACUGUUGUUUAUAAUUCUCUUCUAAACCUUUAUCUGGGCGAUACAUGAAAAUAGCUUAAAUGCUUGCUUUUUGUCGAUAGAUCUUCACAAAGAUGAGAAAUGAAGAAAAGAAUCUCUACCCUUUAUAGUAGAGACAUGUA